AUGUUUUCGUCAACUUUACAAGAUAAGAUCCUCCCUCUGUUCAAGAGAGAAGAAGGUCUGGAGAAGGAGCUCAAAAAUCUCUCGAAAUAUGAAAAGAUUGUAGAUUCCGAAAAACAGUCGUUAGAAGGUAACACCAAAAGGCAACUAAACGGCCCUGCGAGAAGAGCGUUCGAGUUCUCAGAGGUCUACGGCGAAUGCUUAGAUAAAUGUGCAUCAAAGGCACUGAGGAGUACACUCAGGAAAGCCAACUUGGAUAGUCUGCUGCCGGAAGAUGUCCCAGUGGUCCCCUCGAAGGAUCUCCUAACGGCCAAAACUUCCGGUGAAAAAGCACUUGUGGACCUUGUAGGACAGAUACUCAACCAGGACACGACAGAAAACCCCAAACCAACAGCAGAGUUUGUAGUAAAAGGCCAGUUGAAUAAACAGCUCAAGGAUAAAGUCAGAGCAGAAGAGCUGAAAUGUGAAGUCCAGUGCGCACAAAAGUUUAUGGACAAGCUUGUCGAGCAUUAG